AUGGCUUCGACUGACGGCAUUGACUCUCGUUGGCUUGAUGCCAACGGGGCCGAGCCCAUUGCCAUUAUUGGAUCAGCCUGCCGGUUCUCAGGCACUGCUUCCAAUGAAGAUGGCCUCUGGCAGAUGUUGUCAAGCGGGAGGACCAGCUGGGCCAGCCAUGCCAGAAACCGAUUCAAGAUGGAGUCGUUCUGGCACCCCCAAGCCCAUCUCCCCGGUUCGACAAACGCUCGAGGCGUUCAUCUGCUUAACCAGGACCCAGCUGUCUUUGACAAUGACUUCUUUGGCAUCAGUGGAGUUGAAGCCAAAGCCAUAGAUCCUCAGCAGAGACUCAUGCUUGAGGUAGCCUACGAGACCUUUGAGAAUGCCGGCAUUCCCCUAGAUCAACUCGAAGGCUCGAAUACGGGCGUUUAUUGUGCCGUUUCCUAUACAGAUUACGAUCAGAUCCUCGGCCGCGAUCCCGAGGCAUCACCAAGGUACCGCUUCACAGGAACCGGCCCGUCUCUCACAUCAGCCCGUGUGUCCUAUGCCUUUGACUUGCACGGACCUAGCAAAUCCGUCGACACGGCCUGCUCUAGCGCCCUGGUGGCCGUACACGAUGCCAUCCAGGCUCUUCGAGCUGGCGAUGCUGACCAAAUUCUGGUGGGGGGCUCUAAUCUAAUUUUGGACCCCGACAAGAUGUCCAUCAUUUCGUCCAUGCAGUUCCUAUCCCCUGACGGCCGAUGUUAUUCUUUCGACUCUCGCGCAAGCGGAUAUGCCCGAGGUGAAGGUGUGGUUGCCAUUCUCCUCAAGCCCCUUAGCGCAGCUCUUCGGGAUGGCGAUACAAUUCGAUCCGUCAUCCGAGGUAGCGCAGUUGUGUCCGAUGGCAAAACUCCGGGCAUCACAAUGCCAUCACCAGUCAGCCAAUACGCAACUAUUCAGCGUGCCUACAAGACUGCUGGGCUUGAUCCCAGGGAGACUGUUUAUGUGGAGGCACACGGAACUGGUACAAAUGCCGGAGACAACUGCGAGGCUACUGCUUUUAAUAAAGCAUUUUGCCUAGACAGAUCUGACAAACUGAUCAUCGGUAGCGUCAAGUCCAACUUGGGCCACACCGAAUGUGUGUCAGGGUUGGCGGGCUUAGUCAAAGUUCUCUUGAUGCUUGAGAAAGAAGCAAUUGUUCCGACUCCUACCUUUGAAGUUGCAAAUCCUAAGCUGGAAUUGGAAGCUCGCGGGUUAGAGGUUGCAUCCAAAUUCCAAGGGUGGCCAGAGGGGCUGCUCCGCCGCGCAUCCAUUAAUGGGUCUGGUUAUGGGGGUACAAAUACCCAUGUCAUUCUCGAAGCUUGGACAGAACCCGCCAAGACAACCGAGCCAACACCAAAAGUUGAGACGAGGGUAACGCGUGGCGCAGUUGUCACCGAAUCUCUCAACGAAGGCUCAAACGUCUUUGUAUGGAGUCACCAGCGAGAAGAUGGCUUUGCCAAGCUGGCCAGUACUUGGAAGAGAUUCAUCAUGGCCGCCAAGGCAAACCGUCAAGAGUUGUCUCUGGAUGAUUUGGCUUUUACGCUGUCAUCUCGGCGAUCCCGAUUUUCACAGAGAGCUGCAUUUGUUGCUUCCAACAUUGAACAACUUCUGGACGGGCUGAAAAAGAUUGAACUGGGAUCAAUCCGCCCUGUCAAAGCAUGGACGGGUGCGCGAACGUGUUUCAUCUUCACUGGUAAGUCGCUGAGACUGUGCCAAGGAGCGCAGUGGGCGCGAAUGGGCUUGGAGCUUCUCUCCUACCCAUGCUUUGCUGAGUCCAUGCGGAAAUCUGAAAGAGAGCUCAUCCGCAUGGGCGCAACGUGGCGCUUAAUUGAUGAGUUGAAGAAAACCAAGGAGAACUCUCGCAUCAAUGAUGCCGAGUUGGCGCAGCCCUGCUGUACAGCUAUUCAAGUCGCAUUGGUGGAUCUUCUUGCCUCAUGGGGCGUGCAUCCCGAUCUGGUCUGCGGCCACUCAAGUGGAGAAAUUGCUGCAGCAUAUGCUGGCGGGAGCUUAACCGCCCCUGAAGCUCUCAAGGUGGCCUAUCACAGGGGAAAGUCCGUAUAUUAUCUCAAGCUGAAGAAGGGCACAAGACAGGGUGGGAUGCUUGCUGCAGGUCUAUCAGAGACUGAUGCGCAAAAGUAUCUAUCAACAUACAGCGAGCAAACAGUCAAUGUUGCAUGCAUCAACAGCCCCACCAGUGUGACGCUGUCGGGUGAUGCUGCGGCCAUUGACGAGAUUGCAUCCAAACUGGAAGAAGACGGCAUCUUCAAUCGAAGAUUGGCCGUCCCAGUAGCCUACCAUUCUUACCACAUGGCUGCUAUUGGAGAAUCUUACCUCGCGGCGUUGGAAAAGCUCCAACCUCGCCAGUUCAAACCGAAUGUUCGAAUGGUGUCUUCAGUCACUUGUGAUGAAGUUGACGGCCGGGAAAUGGAUGGUGCAUACUGGGUUUCUAAUCUGCUACGCCCCGUCCGCUUCUCACCAGCCUUGUCCAAGGUUCUCAGUUUACCUGUAAAUGGCAGUGCCUCGUCUACAUUGCUACCAACUGUCAUGAUUGAGUUCGGCCCCCACUCAGCACUCCAGGGACCUGCUACUCAGAUAGCAAAAACUAUAUCAGGACUGCCUUCGGCAUAUUUCUCCUGUUUGAAGAGGAACCAAGACGCAGUCCAAAGCGUACUUUCCCUUGCUGGUGGCCUGUUCAUUCACGGUCUUCCUAUUACGCUCACAAGCGUCAAUAAUCCCCAGGGUAUCCACACAAAAGUUUUGACCAACUUGCCUUCGUAUAGCUGGAACCAUAGCAAGACGCAUUGGAACGAAUCCCGACGAAGUCAGGCGUACCGUAUGCGAAAGUUCCCCCGCCAUGAUCUUCUUGGGUCUGCUGCUGCUGAUAGCAUCAGCGCUGAGCCGUCUUGGAGAAUGUUUAUUAGGCUUUCCGAAAUGCCAUGGAUCAAAGGCCAUUGCAUUGAUGGUCAGAUGGUGUUCUCCGCAGCUGGCUUCCUGACCAUGAUUGUGGAGGCUUUGAAACGCCAGUCCAAUACGUUACAACGCCCAUGGAAGAAUAGAGUGAUAGAGUUUAGGCAAGUCGUCAUUGAUCGGCCUCUUCUUAUCCAGGAUGAUGCAUUUGGAGCUGAAGUAUUCACUCUUUUGCGCCCCUAUUCAGUGACGUCUCGUGACUCCAGUUUGAAGUGGCAAGAAUUUCGAAUCUAUAGUAUCUCUCAGAACAAUGAAUCUACGGAACACUGUCGAGGUUUGAUUGCUCUGUCGGAGAAUAUGGGAAAGCUGAGAAGCAACUUGGCUUCUACAGCCGACUUGUCUACUGAUGGGUGGACACAGCUGGAGUCAAAGCAGCUAUACAAGCUUCUUAGUUCCUCAGGCAAUGACUAUUCUGGGUGCUUUGCAAACCUUGAUAAUGUCUCAGCCCGUGCUUGGGAGUCCAACUGUGAGCUGACUGUUCCGGAUGUGAAAGCCACAAUGCCCUCGACUCACCAAGAGCCACAUCACAUACAUCCCACCACACUUGAAGGCUGCUUCUUGGCAUGCCUCCCUGGCGUGAAAUUUGCGGAUGGCUUAGACGGCCCUCAGGUUGUCGCUGCUAUCGAUGAGCUUUGCAUCUCCACAGAUAUAGAUCUCUCACCUGGACAGAAACUCUCUAUUACAGCCAAGACAGGUCCAUAUGGAUUGAGACAACACUCUUCCAACAUAAUUGCCACGGAUUUUGAUAAUACCGACAAUGUUAUACUUCGAGUUGGAGGGAUCAAAUUCUCGUCCCUGGGUAGCUAUAAGCAAGCCACUGACCAGGCUGAUGACCCCCUGUGUCAUCAAGUUGAAUGGCUCAUGGAUCCGUUUUCUUCUCCAGGAGAAGCCGUGGCCAGGUAUUGCCAAAGAAACCUGUCUUAUAAGAAUCAGCAGUCGCGGAAAACUUGUGAUCCAGUUUCUCUUGGCAUCAUCCGAGAUACUCUUGCUCAAAUUUCAUGCGAAGAUGAGCCGUCAAUUACUCACCAUUUGCAACAUUUCUACCGUUGGCUGCAAGAGCAAGACACUUCAACCGCCCCGCCAGCAAAUUCCAAUAACCAAGCACUGAGUGCAGCAGGCCAGAUGUUGAACCAACUUGGCCCUCAUUUACCCAACAUUCUACGAGGGAACCAAGAUAUAACGUCUGUCUUGCCAGACGGCGAGCUGUUGCACCGCUUUUAUUCGGAAGACGACUGCUUCAGUAGAUGCCACGCACAGCUUGCCGAAUAUCUCAAGCUGGUUCAAUACAAGGUGCCGAAUCUGCGUAUUCUAGAAGUUGGUGGGGGUUCUGGCGUCUUGACCUCUACACUCCUUGAGGCCCUCUACGGGGAAAGGCGUGAUUAUGCUACUACCCGAGGCACAUACGUUUUCACCGAUAUUUCUGAUAUCUCUACUUCUAGAGCUCAAGAGACGAUGAAGAUGUUUGAAAAUGUCAUCGAGUUCAAGUGUCUCGAUAUUGGACAGUCCCCAGCGCAGCAGGGAUUUGAGCCCAAUUCUUUUGACAUCAUCGUCGCAUCUAAUGCCAUACAUGCGACGCGUAGCCUUGAGCAUACGCUUAACAAUCUAAAUAGCCUCCUCAAACCAGGUGGUCAAAUUGCCUUUGCAGAGCUCACAACACCAUCGUUGCGAUGGGGCCUCCUUGGCGGGAGCUUCCAAAACUGGUGGGUUGGUGCUGAGGAAGGUCGUACAAGCUCUCCACUUCUAUCAACACCAGAAUGGGAAAAAGUUCUCGUCAAGAGCGGCUUUUCUGGUAUAUCAAUCGAAAUGAAGGAUUUUGAAUCAGAUGAAGAGCAUGAAGCAAGCCUGCUUAUCUCACACGCUGCUAAUACUGGGGUGAAGGCAGGAGUUGGAAACAUCUCUAUCUUUACAGGACAGCAGAGUAGUUCCGUGGCGGACGAGCUACGAAGUGAGCUAGUCGCGCAAUAUCCCGGAACUGGGGUGACUAUCGUUCCGCUCGCUGAAGCAACAGCAUCUCCUGGAACCUACAUCUUUCUUCCAGAUGUUGCCGAAGAUUUCUUGCUGAGGGCAUCUGAGAAGGACUGGGAAAACGCCCGGGACAUCUUAAGUGAUGCUAAAGCAGUGCUGUGGGUAACCAAAGGAGCUUCUGGUGCGCUCGUCACAGGUCUGGCGCGUAGCCUGCGUUCAUCACGGCCUGAUCUCAGACUCUUCACUCUCGAUGUUGAUGCAAGCUCAGAGGAGGCUGCUGGAAUUCUGCAGGUGUAUGUAAAGUACCUUGGCCCAAGUGCUUCUCCUUACUCGUCAUCAGAAUGGGAGCUUGCCCUAUCCAACGGAAGCAUCGUGAUACCGCGUCUGUUAGAGAACAAGGAGGUCAAUCUCCAGGUUCAAGAUGCUACAUCAAAGCACCAUCCGCGUGAUGAAAUUUAUACCGAUUUUGGCCGGCCGUUGAGUCUGCGGAUCAACUCUGUUGGAGUGUUUGAUUCCAUAUAUUGGGCAGAUGACGAGGUUCAUUCUCUGCCUCCCAAAUCAACGCAGGUCAAAGUUCGCCUGGAGAAUUUUGCACUCAACUUCAAAGACAUGUUGAUAACUACUGGCCAGCUUGAAGGUCAUUCUUCUCUCCUAUUCGAGGGAAGCGGCACGGUUAUCGAAGUUGGUGACGCUUCGCAGUCAAGUCUUUCUGUGGGCGAUCGAGUUAGCUUCUUUGCCCCUGAUGGGCUUGCUACCGUCAGCAAUGUAGAUGUCCGCUACACGGUCAAGGUUCCAGAAGACGUCAGCGGUGACAUUGCUGCUGCAGUCCCAUUGGCCUACUCAACUGCGCUUUAUGCUCUCCGAGAUAUUGCCAGACUCCAACGAGGUGAGAGUAUCCUGAUACACUCUGGAGCUGGAGCAGUUGGCCAGGCAGCAAUUGCGCUUGCAAUGGCUUUUGGUGUUGAAGAAAUUUAUGUCACCGCUGGAAGCCCAGACAGGGCAGAGCUUAUUAGCAAAACGUAUGGCAUCCCAGCUGGGCGUAUAUUGUCCAGCCAAGACCUAGAUCUCGGUGAUCGUCUUCUUGAGUUGACUAAUGGCCGCGGCGUCGACGUUGUUGUUGGUUCUCUUUCCGGAGACGUGUUUUCAGAGAGCUGCAGCGCUAUAGCUCCCUUUGGCCGAAUCGUUCAGUUGUGCGAGAGGGAUGUUGCAAAUGGUGGACGGGUUGAUAUGAAGCAUCUUCAGAGAAAUGCCUCUCUUUCUGUGGUCAGCAUGGGAUUUCUCGCACGAGAAAGACCGCUGGUGUUCAAGGAGUUAUUGGAAACUUGUUUCGAUAUGCUUCAGAAGAGAACCUUGGCCUUGAUCGGCCCAAUCACUACGUAUCAUGCUUCCAAUGUUGCGGAGCAGCUUCGGCUUAUGCAGGCGGGUGGUCAUGUAGGCAAGAUGGUUUUCAAAUUCGACUCCACUCUGCCUUUGAAGAUUCAACCACGGAAGCCUAAGCCUGCGUCUCUGCAAAACAACAGCUCCUACCUUGUUGUUGGUAAUGCUGGAAAAUUGGACACACCAAUUGCCAAGUAUCUAGCAAAAUUGGGAGCUUAUCGCCUCAUUGCAUGUCAAGGAUCUGGAAUCGAGGCAGCGGCGGAUGAGGUGAAGAGACUUGGUACAGAAGUUGCCUUUAUCCCCGGCAAUACUUCCACUCAGCCCCUUGUGGAUCAGCUUAGAGAGGCAAGCGAGGGCGUGCCCAUCAGGGGAGUCAUUCUUGGGGAUUCUGAGAUAUAUGAUACGGAUAUUAAGGCCGUAACAUAUUCUCAGUGGUCCAGUGCAGUUGAACCCACAACCAAAGGCAUUAUUAACCUCCAAGAGGCCUUUGGUUCAAACCUCGACUUCUUCAUUCUGCUGAACCGGACUUCCUCUGUUGUAGGCGGCCAAGAACAGAGCAUCGCGGAUGCGAUCGGCGCCUUCCGGGAUAGCUUUGCCCAGUCCCAGUCUCGUCUGGGCUUCCCCGUCAAAGCUAUAGACAUUGGCGCGGUGCAAAGAGAUGAUGAUAUGCUACCUUCUUCCGACGUCCGGCCACAGACGAUAGAAGAAGUUCUCGCAGUAAUCAGCUACGUCAUUCAGACUCCCGUUGUAAAGGGACAAAUCAUCUGUGGCGCCAGCCAAUUUACGCCAGAUCCCUCUGCCACGGUGACGCAGCGCCCAGACGCUCGAUUCGCGCACGUCUGGUCCCGCACCGCACCACGUGCGUCCAAGGGAAGUGAGGACGACGCUUUUGACGUGCAGGCCGCUCUUAGAAGCACGUCUAGUGGUGACGCAGCCAUAGAAGCCGUAUAUACCGGCUUGAAGCAGAAACUCGCCCGUCUGCUGGCAGUUGCCACGACAGAGAUCCAGCCGGACCGCGCCGUAUCAAGUUAUGGCGUGGACUCGCUUGUCGCGGUAGAGCUGAGGAACUGGAUCACGGGACAUUUGGGGGCACAUGUGCAGAUGCUGGAGCUGAUGAGCUCCAUGUCGAUGAUGCAGUUGUCGGAAGUCAUUGCCAAGAGAUCGAGGUUGGUGCCGGCGAGCGUCUUUGGGGGCGUGGAAAAGAGUUGA